CCCGCCUGGCACCGUAAAUGUUAUUUAUGAAUGCCACCGCUCACGGGCGUGUGCACGCAGAUCCGUUAUUAUGAUGUUUUAAUCACCGGGACUCGGUGGACACUGGUCGCAGCCGAUGCCUCGGUCGGUCCCGGAGCCCGCGGUGCCCGCUGAGCGCGGUUAGAUCCGGACUUUAAUUCAUUGUGGAGGGUUUAGGUGGCGGCGGGCGGAGCGCCGUGUCCUGCUCUUUAAUAAUACCGUUACUGGGUCAAUACACCGAGCACCGCCGCUGUCUGCUGCCGCUGCAACCACCGGAGCCGCCUCAGCCCGUCUCCCGGACAAGGUGCGAUGCCGGGGGCAACAGCCGACUGACGAUGUCCUUGUGAGAGUGGGCGGGGCUACCUGGCCCUGAGUUGGUAAGGAGGAGGAGGAGUCUCAGCCCCCCACCCCUCUUCGUCCUGUGACGGACCAAACAGACAGACACACAGACGGGCGUGGCUCUCCCCUCCCUCGUCCUCCUCCCCUCUCCUCCCUGUUCUCCCCCCCUCCUCCUCCUCCUACACCCAUCCCCUCAUCGCCUCCCUACCCCACCCCCGCCCCAUCCCCUGCCACCAUGCUGUGGUCACGCUGCUGGUGGAGAGCCUGAGGAAGCAGACUCUGGAAGGUGACCCUGCUCAGCCGGGGGACUUCUACCUGUCCCUGCUGGACCCGAAAACCCUCGCAGAGUGCUGGCCCCCAGAUGGCUUGAUGCCUGAGAGCAGCUACUGGCAGCUCUGCCCUCCCUCUAAGUCCGGCCUGCAGGGGGGGUUGCUGAGCUCUAGUUUCCCCCCCGGCCCUGUGCCCCUGGUGCCCCCAGAUGCUCACCUGCAGGAGGGGGGCGACUCCCUGGACGGGACCCCUUCUCAGCCGCAGCAGCACCGGCCCCUGGCGCCGAGCACCUCAGCGUCCGAGCUGUCCCUCCCCGGAGGCGGCGGCAGCGCCUCCUGGCCCCGGCCCCCUCCCCCUCCUCCGCCGCCCCCCAAACGGCACUGCCGCUCCCUGUCGGUGCCUGAGGACCUGUCACGUUGCCGCUACACCUGGCGGCCCAGCGCCUCGCGGGUCUGGACUCCCGUCAGUCGCCAGCAGUGCCACGGGGGAGCAGGGGGAGGGGUCACAGGUGGGGGGACAGGGGUGGGAGGAGGGGGUGUAGGGGCAGGCGCGGUGGGAGGAGGAGCCUGUCCGCUCCGCGCCCCCAGCUCCUCCCUGAACUCAUCGCUGCACUCCUCGUCCAGCCCCACCUUCUUCAGCCUGGCGCUGUCCCCGGACUCCCCCCUGCCCUGGAGCUUCCCCUGGGACCCCAGCGAGGCGGCCGCGGGGGGAGGAGCCUGCUGCUGCUUCUUCCCCUCCCCCUCCUCCUGCUCCUCCUCACCCUCACCCCUCCACCCGCCUCCCCCUCCUCAGAGGCGUUUCUCCCUCUCCCCCGUGCUCAUCAGAGACUCGGCGGCCUCCACUUUCCUGCCUCCGCCUCCUGUGCCGAGCCAAGUGGCGGCGGCACCUCCGCCGGGCUGCUCCGCCGUGGCCGGAGCGACAGCAGGAGGCCCGGUGGUGCCCGCCUCGCCCUCCUCGGCCUGCAGCACGCCGUCAUCCCUGCGCCGCAGCCUGCCGCCGCAGCUGCCGCGCUGCCACUCGCAGCCCUGCGACCUGCUGCUGCUCAAACCGGGUCUGAAGAGACGCCGAGACCCCGACCGACCCUGUGCCCGACCCGUCCUCGACUUCACCAAGAUGACUCAGACCCGCAGCAUCGACCCGCAGUGUCUGGAGCGCGGCGGCAGGCUGGCCUGCAGCGGUGACGUCUGUAUGGGCAUGGAGCCCUUCAUGGGCGACUUCCGGGGUUCCUGCUCUCCAGCCGAGUGCCUAGGCAGGACCAGCAUUGGGCCGCUGAGCGAGAGCGACGAGGAGUGUCGCGAGGAAGACGACGACGACGAUGACGGGGAGGAGGAAGUGGACGAGCGAGAGGCGGCGCAGCAGGCGGUGUUUGAGAGGGAUUGUACAGAACUCGACUUGAACUUAAUAGAGGAAAACUGAUGUAUUUGUAAAUGGAAGGCUGUUCUCUGUUUCAGUUUUUUAUUUAGUUUUAUUCUGAAAUGAUCUGACCCACCCCCUUCCUGGACCACCAUCGUCUCAACACUCUGCGCCUCCUUGCCACCAAUCAGCAAGGCUCUCAGGAACAACACCUUCUCUCAUUGGAUGAGCUGGGGAAGCUGAUUGAUGACGACAGUGAUGAUCUGACUACCACCGUUAAAAGACUCGGCGCCGUGGCUUCACUGGGAGUCGUCCUCUCUGCUGUCAGAGCGAGGACCUCUCAGAGAGUAACUCUGGUCGCCUGCGAUGACAGGAAACCUGGACUCUCUGAAUCCCAGACCAGUUCACAGGGAAACCUGCGUCUGACCUUCUCUUACCUCCAAAAGUCCCAGUUUGAUCCUGCUAGCUUCAGGCUAACGCACCAACAAGCCAUCGUUCAGGUACCUGAAGCUCAGGUGCAGAGUCUUCCCUCCUCUGAGACUGGACUCAGACCGUCCAGGUGUUCCUCGGCAUCCUGGCGUCCUGGUGUCUUCCAGCUCACGGCGACUGAGUCUCUGUAACACACCACGGUCUGAUGAGGCUGUUGCUGUACUGCAGCACCGACCUGAAACACCAUCACCACGCCCGUCACGUCAGGGGUGGGCGUUCCUUGAUCAAUCAUCGCAAAAAAAAAAACAGGGAAAUAGGCCGCUAAAGAAAGUGUGUUUUUCCUCAAUGAAAUCUUUAUUCCAAGAAUAAAUGACCAACAACAAUCCUCUGAAACAAAGCCUUUAAGGUUGAACUAACAGAAAGUAAAACAUCAGAGAUCUGUGGCUUCAUAAAGGUCAAACUGAACAAACCAAAGUUAACUUUAAGAAGAUAUGGAGAAAAUCCAGCGACAAACAAAAUCUAGGGAAAGAUCCAUUUUUUAAAGAAAAUCUUGGGAAAUCUAAAAACAAAAUCCAGAAAAAUCUUUAUGAAAAUCUAAAGAAGGCAGCGCUCGUCGUAAACGCAGCUGAGAAUCUUUUAGACACAAAAAAGUUAUCAAUUACAUCAAACAUUAAUACAAAAAUAUUUAGUGCAGACAGUUUAGUAGUUAUACGCAGCAUUGUGAUGUUUACACUGAGCUUCGUUAGUUCUUAGCUCAAAAUGGCCGCACACCAAACUUCACCUUCAAUUUCUGAGACAAUUUCUCAGUUUAACCUGUAAAAUUUGAACAGCGCCUCCUGCUGGUUGCUGCCACAUGGUGACGAAUUAAUUAAAUCCCACGUGGGCAUUUGACAAAAUUAGCGAUUGAUAAUCAAUCAUCAAUUAAUUAUGCCCAUCCCUACACUUGACCCUGCACGCUGCUUAUUUCAAACAGCAGCUUUAAUCAGGAUUUAAAGGGCCGGUUCACCCAAGUUCAGCUCAAAGUGACAGAAAGUCUUUUCCAAAGUAAGAAAACUAAUACACAGAGAGGUCUGAGUAAUUGAAGCUUAUUCGAUUUGUUGAAUUGAUCAUUUUGGCUCAUUUCUCCAUGUGUGACCUUCCCACAACAAAAAUGAGACUAAAACUAAAUACAAAUCGACCUUUUAGAAACCAGAACUAUGACGAAACGUCCAUUCAUUUCUCUUUUUAUUUCGUCUUAGUCUUGUUUCUAUUGUUUGAAAAUAAUAAUCAGCUGAUCUGUCGCCCCCUACAGGUCGUACUUUUAAUCCAUAACGUCAAGUCGUCAUACCAAAAUUAGACACCUGUAUAAACACUACAUGUCAGAUGUGACCGUGGCCAGGUGAUACUUUCAGGUUCGCUGGUGUUUUGCGGCAGCGUCCCAUCAGGCCUCACUGAGGGCAGGUAGUCACUGAUGCUGUUGUUCACCUGAGUGUUCACACAUUCCUGUCGCACACCUGUCACUGAAAAACACUACAAAUACUCACCUGUCUCUCUCUCUCUCUCUGUGAGUGUGUGAGUGUGUGUGAGUGUGUGUGUGUGUGUGUGUGUGUUUCCUAAAAAGAGUCUUGGCACUGACAUCUUGAAUCCCACCUGGUGGUCAUGUGACUUGUGUCCAGGUUAAAUCCAGAUUGUGACCCUGAUAAAAGCUGGUCCACGUCACUUCUGCAGACAGAUAGUACAAUGUCUGAGCUGAGUCAGGUCGAGUUUUGACUUGGUUUCCACAAAAAAUGUCAGAACGUCAAUUAUUGCACAUUUUCAUCCACCGCUGCCAAUAAACCACAGAAGAAGAAGAUACAAGACGAGAUCAAAGCUGAAACGAUAGGAAACCUGUUUGUUUGUUUCGUGUGUUAAUGUGAAGAAGGUUUGAGUCUGAGGCUUCGUCCACACUAAUAAGUCAUUUUAAAACUAAAACAGAGACUUCCAAAAACUGUGCUGGCCCCGUUUUAGUUUGAAAACUCUGGUGUUGUGUUUUAGUCCGGAUGGACAGAAACGAUCCAGAACACCUUCCCUGAUUGGUCACACUCCGAUCACAUGACAGUUACACCAGCACGAGCAUGCCCAGUGCAGAUAAAUGGUCAUGUGACCUGUGGUUUCAGGUGUGUUAGCAUGGACAGGAGCCUGAAUAACCCAACAUUUGACCUGUGAGAAAUCCAAGUAAUUGUCUUACUUUAAAAACUGUAGACACGGUUCUCUAUUUAAAACCAAACACUUUUUAUUGAAAGCAGUCAGUGUUAAAUGUUAAAUGUCUGGUGACAUUUAAUCAAAGAUAAUAAGUUUAUGAAUCUGAACAUUCAGAGCUCGACAGUUUUAAACCUGGUUUCAGUCGGUGCAUUUCAAUCUAAUCUGGAUUAAAUCUGGAUUCUGAGGAUUCACAGAACCACCAGGUGUGAAUGUGGUGGAAACUGAAAACAGCUGCAACUUAUGAUGUGAUUUAUUUAUUUUUUCGUCCAGUUUUCACUUGAAUCCCAUAAAAAAAGAACAAAAGCUGCACGUUUAAGGUCUGAACAUUUUACAGCAAGUCACAGUUUCACUGCUGCAUUAAGGACCACGUGUCUCGUUUUACUCGUUUAAGGUUUUUGUACUGAGAAUCAUACGUCACAUUCCUGCUGAUAACUUCAAACCGGAUCAAUUCCUUUUCUUUCGGACAAACAUUUUGUUUCUGCAGCCUGCAGAGAAAUAAUCUAUCACAGUCAACAUUCAGGAGGUGUUAUUAAAGUUAAACUGUUUCAGACGUCUUUUAGUGACACAUCCAAAAAACUCAAACCCAGAGACAAUCAAAAACAGGAUCAUAUAUUCACCAUCAUGUUUGAAAGACGUAACGUGCGUUUGAUCAAAAAAGUAAAGGAUAAUGUUAAUAAAUGUUGACUGUGAUGGAUUAUCAACAUUUCAUUGUGGAAACAGCGAGCUGCUGCUGCUGGAUAUCAGGGUGUUUGAGUUGGGGGUAAAAUGAGUUUCUGUUUGUGUGGGUUUGUUUUUGUUUUCAUCCGUCACAUGUUUAUUUAUGGACUUAAAACAUCCAGCUGGUGAUUCUGAUUUAACAGUUCAACAUUUUUGAGAAAUUUGGCUUUGAUGAUUGUUAGCUUAGCAUAGCAUAAUAUCUGGGUCUGCCAACAUUUUGUUAGUCGAUUUGUCAAAAAGCACUACAGACACGUCAACAAACUUUUUCACAAAAUGGUUGAAAAUGGCCAAUUGCUAAUUAGCUAAAUCUGGCAACUACAAGGUUAGCAUUAGGGCUAACACUGAAACAUCUCAACAACUAUUGGAUGGGUUGAGAUGACGUUUGGUUCAGACAUUCAUGCUCUUCUAAUGAUGAACUGUAAUAAUUUUGGUGCUCCUUUGACCUUUCAACUAGCACCAUCAUCGGGUUGUCUUUAGAUGUAUCUGGUACUUCGGUUUAUGACCAAAUACUGCUAAUGACAUUCCCAUGUGGCUCAGCUGGCCUCUGUGUUUCCUGCUAAUUAGCUAAUGUUAGCAUGCUAACACCCAUACCUGCUGAACAUCAGCGGUGUUAAGUGUUGUCAUUAUAUUAGCAUGAUAAUGUUAGCAUUUAGCAAGUACCACUGUGUCUAAGUAGCUGUAGAUAGAACAUGUUACUCAGUGAGCUAUAUAAGCCAAUUGUUUCCCUUUUUCCAGUCUUUAUGCUAAGCUAGGCUAACCGUGUCCUGAGUCCAGCUUCAUUCUUAAUACAGGAGACUGAAAUCUGAACAUCUGACUCGGAGGGAAAGAGAAUAUUUGCCAAAAAUGUUGAACUACUCGUAUAGUGUAAGGUUGAAGUUUGCUAUAAGCUAGCUUGUUAGCUUCAUGUGCUAUUAAUUACAAAAUUAAACUUGAUGACACACGAAAGUAGAAAAAGUCUAAAUGGGCAACUCACUCAAAUUUACAAAAUAGUUAAAAUUAAAAAAUACAUUUAAGAAAAAGUAAUGUUUCCAGAAAGAAUGUCCCUGUAACACACAUAAACACACACAGUCCCCAUAACGCACAUAUACACUCACCCCUCUCAAACCACCCUCCUGGUUUGUUGGCUUGUUUCUGUUGAUUGGUCCAUAACACUCAGCAUAAGCCUUAACUGAACAUAUUCUACUAUUCUGUAAAUCAAAAUGUUAAAAAGAAAAAAAAGAAAAGACAAAACUAAUGGAGAAGAAAAGGAAAUGUGUACUGUAGCUGUUAAAUUUUUAGUCCUUCUGUUCGUUAUUUUCUGCUGUUUUUUCUUAAUAUUUCUAAUCUGAUGUCUGAGUGCGGCAAGACGUCGGUGAUGAACGCAUCGUGUCUGGAAAAAAUAAAAAAUAAAGAAGCUUCAGGACAAAGGAGGAGGAGGAGCGGUCGUGUACAAAUUUAGCGGAGAGACUUGGACAUCCCUUGUCUUUUAGAAAUGUUUUUUAUUGUAUGUGACGAAAAGAAAAAACAACAACAACAUGGCAAUUUGAAAAGCAGUUUGUGAAUAAAUUAAGUUUAAUGAAAAUUAUUUUGCAACGAAAGGGGAAAA